AUGUACACCAAACCUGAUCUUAGCAAAGUGGACACCAGUCAUACUUUGGAAAGCGAAGGAAAGAAAGAUACGUCUAAAUUUCUCAGCUCUGUUUCAAUAUUAAUUGGAAAAGGCACAACUCCAGCACCAGAAGAUAGAGCACCAGUUGCCCCAGAUGGUGGAACACAGGAGGACAUCAAUCUGCUACAGCUGAUCUCAGAAGAGUCUCCACAUGCUUCCAAGGUUGAGGGAUUGAACGGAGGAACUGGGAUUGCUUUUGACUCUGCUUUCACCUCUACACCGGUCCCAGUCCAAACCUUCUUUCCAGAACAGUUCUACCAAGACUUUUCCAUCCUGGCAACACUGAAACAAAAUGAUGAAAGAGGAGGGGUGAUCUUUGCCGUCGUGGAUCCAACUGAGAAAGUCAUUUGCCUGGGGGUGAAGCUAUCCCCGAUGAAGGACGGCAUCCAGAUCAUUGAGCUUUAUUACACACCACCUCACUUCAAGGUUUCCAAACAAGCAGCUUUCUUCGUGGUGUCUGCCAGAAUGAAACGAUGGACACGUCUUGGGAUCAGCGUUGAGGGGAAUAUGGUGACUCUCCACCAGAAGUGUCAAAGGCCCCAGAAGUUUAAAUUCAAAAGGUCACCUGAGCCCCUGGAAUUUGACCCAGAUUCUAAAAUAUUCAUCGCUAAUGCUAAACCAGUGGACAGAGAUAAGUACACUGGAGCUAUUCAACAUUUGUCCAUCACACCAAACCCCGAGGACGCGGAGAAGUUGAAGGACAUGCAGUGUGACGACAGGCUGGUUGAUAUAGAUGAUGACGAAGAUGAUCUCAAGACUACCUUCCGGUCAUCAGAAGUGACAUCUGAUGAGAAUUUCAUAGUGGGUUCCGGGGACGAUGCCAUUACAAAGUUUCCCACAGAAGAUAUAGAAGACAUUAUCGAACCUGAACUGGAGGAGGGAGAGAUGCUGCCCGUGACAAAAGGAGACAAGGGUGAAGUUGAUCAGUGUAUCUGUUCUGGGAUGCCUGGACCCCCAGGGCCAAAGGACCACCUGGUUUACCUGGACCACACGGUCCACCUGGAGCACCUGGUCUACCUGGACCAACCCGGUGUACCUGGACCACCCGGUGUACGUGGAUUACCUGGGUCUAAGAAAACAAACAGCUGGUUUGGAACUACGAGUGAAGAAGUUUCUGGAAUCCCCGGGAGUCCUGGUAAACCUGGUUUAGAUGGAAAACCAGGCCCACCGGGCUUACCUGGCGAGAUUGGUUUACCAGGAUUACCGGGUAUGCCAGGGCCAGCAGGACGUUCGGGGCUGAAAGGGGAUCCGGGGCAGCCAGGACCCAGGGGUGAAACAGGGCCUCAAGGACAUACAGGGAUUGGAAUUCCUGGAGAAAAGGGUGCAAAAGGUGACAUGGGUCCUCCGGGAUCUCCGGGACCAGCGGCAACGUGUCCAGAUGGUUCCGAGUAUCACGGCCAAUACCACAAAGGUGAAAAAGGUGACCCCGGUCUUCGAGGUGAACAGGGAUUCCCUGGAGUUUCUGGUCCUCCAGGUUUUCCAGGCAUCACUGGACCACCAGGAAAGCCGGGAGUCUGUGAGAAGGAAUGUGUCUGUUCACCAGGACCCCGUGGUCCUCCUGGACCUCCCGGCCCACCCGGUACAGCACUUCAGAAAACAUUUGACUCUUCCUAUGACCAGGGUCUUCCAGGACUGAAGGGAGAGAAGGGAGAGCCUUGUACUAUCUGCGGUGUUCCGGGCACACCAGGCAUUCCUGGUAUUCCAGGACCUCCAGGCCCACCAGGAAUUCCAGGAUCAUUUUUUUAUAAUAGAGUUUUCCCGGUCCCUCCAAGACUUCACUGCAAAAUGCCAGUGAAUCACGAACUGCACAACGGCCUUCAGAACACAAGGAGCCCAGAUUUCCAAGGUCCCAAAAUCAAUGACAAUCCAUUUGACAACACCCUAAAGAGCCAUGUAUUUAAGAAUGUCGAACUCAUGCUGAAGGCUGCUGCUGGGAUACCAGAGGGCUCUCUGGUCUACGUAACAGAAGGAAAUAAAGUCUUCAUUCGAUUGCUUAAUGGUUGGAGCAAACUUUGUGAGUGUUAUCAGGAUAAAUUUGACAUCAAGCUGCAGAGGCCAAUAUUAGUCCAGAUGGCCAUGAGCCUUGUCAAAGAGAGACUUCUUCCUGGUAUUGCUUCUGAUGAUCCUGCAGUAUCAGCUGAAGUGGCUGAUCUCACCCCCCAUCUAGUGCCAAGGAACAUUAUUCACCAAGGACCAGUGCUUCAUAUUGUGGCUCUGAACACUCCUCUCACGGGUAAAAUAGCUGGGAUCCAUGGAGCCGAUCUACAGUGUUUCCAGCAGGCUCAGGAAGCUGGACUGCAGGGAACUUUCCGUGCUUUCCUCACCUCAAGAAACCAGGACUUGGUUUCCAUUGUGAAGAGAUCUGACAGAGCAUCUGUGCCAAUUACAAACCUCAAGGGUGAAAUACUCUUCUACAACUGGAACAGCCUCUUCAGUGGCUCUGGAGCACAGUUCAAUCCCAAAGUGCCGAUUUAUUCAUUCAGAGGUCAGAAUGUCAUGACUGAUGCUUCAUGGCCUCAUAAGUUAGUCUGGCAUGGAUCAAACACCCAUGGGAUACGAGCCGCAGACAACUAUUGCAACGAGUGGCAAAAGGGAAACGGUGCAAAAGGACUUGCGUCUUCACUCACAAGUGGAAAAUUUCUGGAGCAGCAUUCGUAUAGCUGCACCAGCUCCUUUAUUGUGCUUUGCAUUGAAAACAGCGUCUCGCACACAGGCAUGGCAAGAAGAAAUAGUUAUUAGCAUCUGGUAUACGUUUUCUGCUUUUACACAAGGUCAAGUGACAAAAAACCCCAUCUUAUAUUGUAACAUUGAUGAGACAUAUCCUUCAGAGGCUGUAAAGCAAUUUGGGGCUUUCUGAAAGGGAUGUAAAAGUUGCUUUAUAACUGUAAGUCCUUCCUCUUAUUUUUACACUUAUUGUGAGAAAAUGGAAGAAUGAUACUGGAAAUGUUUCUUUUUACAACAUUGUUCAGACCUGUACCCAAAUUUUGUCCUCUGUAAUAUUUCCCAGGGACAAGCAUAUUUCAUGUAUGUUGCUACAGUUUUCCACAUGAAAUAUUCUAAUAAAAAGUCAACUUUUGUGCAGGUAGAAUAUUCAUCAUCAGUUUGUAUCUUGAAUUAUUUAAGUGGAUGUCUGACAUGCGUUAGUAGCUGGUCCAUUCACCUCUGCAUCAAAGGCGUGGUUUCAACACAUACAGAGGGAAUCAAAAUUUACACUGCCCUGUUUUUAGUGAUCAUGAUCCACAACACAAUGUUAUUUGCAACUUAAUGCUAAUUUGAUAGUCUCUCUCCAAGAAAUAAAUAAAGAUGAUGUGAGAAAAGGGAAUGCUUCACCAGUGACAUUGUGAAUGCUCUUCUGAAAUGGGCAGAGAACUUCAUUUUGCAUUCAAACUAAACUCUUCCGGACUACAAAUUGCCUGAUUCUCAUGCUGUAGUUAUUAGACUAGUUCUGCAGAGAGUGUUUCAUUCUCCAUAACGCAUUCCCUUUUGCAACAGCUAGAAGUGAUCCCAUACAUGCCCUGCGCACCAUUCAGAAACACCUAAGCAAACUGUGGCAAGAUCCAAUUGGUUUCAGAUGUGAUGUAAAAUCUUAGAUUACACAGACAUCAUUUAAAAGGAGGCUAAUCGUUUGCAUGUUCAAAAAAGACACACAAACAAGAUAAAAAUGAUAAGAAUUUUUUCCAUGCUUUAUGUUUAUUGCUUGUGUAAAGAAUGUUAUGACAAGUUUGACGAUUGAAUGACAUGACCCACUUAAUCAUCAUAUUAAAAUUAUACAUUA